GCAAUGUGAGUCAUAUACAGUAGCAAGCGAGCAAGUUGCUCCAGUUGUUCGUGGGCAGGUCGGUUUGAAAGGUGUCCCAAAGGACACUCUCCACGGGGCGGCAGAGCACCUACUAUCUUCUCGGCAGAACAAAAAGAAAAAAUGCCAAUCUGUAUCACUUUACUAGAAAAUCUAUAUUCCUGCUAACCUUAGUUUUGAGAUUUACUCCUACUUAAGAGAUGAGGAGCCUGAUUCAACUCGAAGACAGUGUAUCAAGUGAACAGCCAGCCGGCCACCACAAUGAAAGAGUUUUGAGGAAAAGUUACAAAUUGGAGUGAGGGCUGAAUAAGACCCAGGUAUCUCCUUGGAAACCAAGCCCACGGUGCUUCCUAUUGUCCGGCACAAGCAGGCUGCGUCUGUCUCAAAAGGAAAAAGGCUGUCCGUAUCAUGACUGUUUGGUGAAAACACCGUUUUUGAAAAACCACAUUUACCUCAUUAUAAAUCAAAUCAGGAAUAACCUUUGCUGAAUCCGUGCCUCAACGGUUUCCGAGUGUUUCUUGACAUGCAUCUUGACUUACCAUACAUCACAAUUAGAGAAUGGGGCUCAACUUGACACUUGCAAAAUUACCAGGAAAUGAACUGUACAGCCAAGCGAGUCACACUGUCAACAGCACAAACGAGGGCCCCUGGAAGAAUUCCACCCUUCACAACGGAUUUGACACCAUCAUCCUACCGGUGCUUUACCUAGUUAUCUUUGUGGCAAGCAUCCUGCUGAACGGUCUGGCCGUGUGGAUCUUCUUCCACAUUCGGAAUAAAACCAGCUUCAUAUUUUACCUCAAAAAUAUAGUGGUAGCUGACCUCAUAAUGACCCUGACCUUCCCAUUCCGAAUAGUCCGUGAUGCGGGAUUCGGACCUUGGUACUUCGAGUUUAUCCUCUGCAGGUACACCUCAGUUUUGUUCUAUGCAAACAUGUAUACGUCUAUUGUGUUUCUUGGGCUGAUCAGUGUCGAUCGCUACCUGAAGGUGGUAAAGCCUUUCGGCGACUCUCGCAUGUACAGCAUAACCUUCACCAAAGUUUUAUCAGUUUGUGUUUGGGUGAUCAUGGCUGUUCUGUCCUUGCCAAACAUCAUACUGACGAAUGUUCCACCAACUAAGGAAAACAUUCAUGACUGCAUGAAACUUAAAAGUCCAUUGGGAGCCAAGUGGGAUACGGCUGUCACCUACGUGGACAGCUGUUUGUUCGUGGUCGUGCUGGUGAUUCUGAUUGGGUGCUACAUAGCCAUCUCCAGAUACAUCCACAAAUCCAGCAGGCAGUUCAUAAGCCAAUCGAGCCGGAAGCGAAAGCACAACCAGAGUAUCCGCGUGGUGGUGGCUGUGUUUUUCACUUGCUUCCUCCCAUAUCAUCUGUGCAGAAUCCCCUUUACUUUCGGUCACUUAGACAGGCUUCUAGAUGAAUCAGCCCAUAAAAUUCUCUACUACUGCAAAGAAAUGACACUUUUCCUGUCUGCAUGCAAUGUGUGCCUGGAUCCGAUAAUUUAUUUUUUCAUGUGCAAGUCAUUUUCAAGAAGGCUAUUCAAGAAAUCAAACAUAAGAACUAGGAGCGAAAGCAUCAGAUCCUUGCAAAGUGUCCGAAGAUCCGAAGUGCGCAUCUAUUAUGACUACACCGAUGUGUAGGGACUAGAGGCUGGGGGGCCUUUUUCUAUUGCAAUCAGUAUGUAAAACCAUGUAAAUAAAUGUUUCUUUUUAUUAUCCUGGCUGAAGCCCA